AGUUGUUGCACCUUGUUGUGUAACGUUUUGUUUAUAUCCGAGCGCAUCGUUGGAAGAAAAUGUCCGGCCGUGGCAAGGGUGGCAAAGCGAAAGCUAAGGCGAAGUCUCGUUCCAACAGAGCUGGAUUGCAGUUUCCAGUCGGUCGUAUCCACAGACUCUUGAGGAAGGGGAAUUACGCCGAGAGGGUUGGCGCUGGGGCUCCGGUCUACCUGGCUGCGGUUAUGGAAUAUCUGGCUGCUGAAGUGCUCGAAUUGGCGGGAAAUGCUGCACGCGACAACAAGAAGACAAGAAUCAUCCCGAGACAUUUGCAACUUGCCAUCCGUAAUGACGAGGAGUUGAACAAGCUUCUCUCUGGCGUUACCAUUGCGCAGGGAGGCGUUCUUCCCAACAUCCAAGCUGUGCUUUUGCCAAAGAAAACGGAGAAAAAGGCUUAGGCCUCAGUUCACAUUGACAAAAGGGCCCUUUUCAGGGCCACAAUUACUUUUUGUACGGGGCGCAACACGUCGGUUUAUGAAAACCAUUUACCAUUAUCAUUCAUUCUUUUAAUACUGGCGAUUGUCAGAUGCUUAAUAAUACAAGUCUAGCAAUAUAUACAUUAAGGAAUCUGUGCUUCAAUGAAUAUUAUUAUAAAACACGUAAGAAAGAAUCAAUAUUUUUCUUUCUGAAUCACGUACUCAUCACUGUACUUGUCGUUUCAGUACAAAUUCUUUGCUAUCGACUUUGGCCGUCGAUAAUGCUAAUGUGUUUCUAAACAUUUUAUCCUAGUAAUUUCGUAUUGCUCGAAAGAGUCAGAAUUUAUUUUUGUACCGAUGUAUCAAUAAAGCAUGAAGAUUAAUUUUCGUUAUGCGUGUUUAAAAAUACCAUUAUUAUCUAGUAUUAUUCAAUAAUGUUUUGUAGUAUUAACAAGAGCGAAUUGUGGUUUGAUGCAGUAACUUCAUCAAUGCAUCGAUUUUCUGUAACGUGAGUUUAUUAUUUAUUAAUAUGAUACAAUUACACAACAGUCGAAACGAAAUAAAUUAUAGUUUACGUUGAAUUUUUUGUUUAUAUUGAAUUUUUUCCUUUUUAUGAAGGUUAAACGACUUAAAACUUCAAUUUGCAAUUUAACUAUGUAUUCGAAACGUUUAAUCAUGUUCUAAUCUAAUACAAAUUUACAUUCUAUAUCUAUCGUAAGUAUGUAGUUCCAAGAAUCGAGUAUGUAAAUAACAAAAUUCAUGCAACAAAUAAACAAAAGUAAAUCAAUCAUUGCGAGGUUCACAAUUUGCGAUUACAUUGUAAUUUCGUUUUUUUUUUACAAAUCUGAUAACGAGUCGAGAAACAUAACGGGUGUAAAUAUCGUACAGUGAGCAUAAAUAUUAUACAAAAGGGUCGUCUAAUUUACAAAGAUCCGUUCAGAUUCUAAAACUCCAAAACAAGUUUUUUGCUUGGAGUGUACUUUCGUUUUAAUAAAAAGUAUUACAAUGAAAAAAGAAAUAACGAGUUAUUUUGCAGAUCAAUCGAACAUCCAACAUAAUUCGCAAAUACGGUUGUAUUUUUGCGGUGGAUCAGUUGGCAACACUCAUUCAGAAGAGAGAGUGGAAAUUUCUAAAUCCGGCUUAAAGUUGCAUGCACUGGUAUGUACGUACGGUAGUUUUGUUGAGCGAAUGACGUCCAGAGGAAAAAAAUGAUCUCGCACGCGUGUGUAAUAUGAAACGAAGAAAACUGGCCAACUUUUAAGCAUGCAGUGUUUCUAUUAACGGUCGAUUUGUUAGCGACAACAGCCCAAGGUGAAUAGAAUUUUCUUAACAAGACGGCAUGUUUGUAAGAGUCUGGUUGAGAAUUCUAACGGGGGAUGAAUGAGGAAGAAUUGUUGAAGCGGUCUGCUGCAGAGCGAGAUAGAAUAUUUAGCUGCUAUGACCGUGGUAGAGAAAAUGGAGCAGAGAUCGAUCCUUGGGAAGAUCCUACGUUUGAAGUGUAUCAUACCACAGACAGAUAUGGAUUCAUACAUGACAAACGUUUGCCACAGAAGCCAGAUCCUAACGAGAUCAAGACUCACCGGGUGGAAAUGGAGAGAUUGAAGAAAUGGGAGAAAAUGACAAAACAAUGGGAUAGCUCUUCGACUAAAGAGAAAUUACGGCGCAGAGUAUACAAAGGCAUUCCUAAUAGAUUUCGUGGUCAAGUCUGGGCAUUGUUGUUGGGUAUUAAAAAUUUAAAGAGAGAACAAGCUGGCAAAUACGAAGAGAUGUUACAACUUGCACGUCAGUGGUCUACAGAAAUAAGACAGAUCGAUGCUGAUGUAGCUAGACAAUAUAGAGAUCAUAUCAAUUAUAGAGAAAGGUAUAGCAUAAAACAACGAUCUAUGUUUUAUGUAUUGGCUGCAUACAGCAUGUACAAUAUGGAAGUGGGUUAUUGCCAAGGAAUGUCUGUAUUAGCUGGAUUGCUUUUGUUAUAUAUGGAUGAAGAAGACGCAUUUUGGGGUCUUUCUGUGUUACUUGCUGAUAAGAAAUAUACAAUGCAUGGAUUUUAUGUUGAUGGAUUUCCAAAAUUAAACCGUUUUAUAGAACAUCAUGAUAAAAUUAUGAAUAAAUUCUUACCAAAGUUGAAACGGAAACUAGAUAAGUGCGGUUGCGAUUCUAUUCUUUAUGCGCUAAAAUGGUUUUUUGUUGUGUUUCAAGAGAGGACACCUGUUAGCCUCGGUCUUCGAAUUUGGGAUAUAUUUUUAUUAGACGGAGAUCGUAUUUUACCUGCUAUGGCGUACACAGUCAUGAAAAUGCAUAAACGUUUUCUUAUGCCGAUGGAAAGUUUAGAUGAAUUUUGUAAUUAUUUACAAAUUAAAUUAGAGAAAGAUUUCUGUUUUGACGAUGAUACAGUAAUAAGUACUAUGGAACGUAGUAUGGAAGAAUUAAAACGUGCUAAGUUGGAUUAUCCUGGCCCUCCCUUGCCACACGAAUUGCCACGAUUUCCAUUUGGCACAUUUAAGGAACCUACUUUUGCAAGCAAGGUUGGAAGACGUAGCGAAGAAUUUAGCGAAGCACAACACGUAAUGCGAGAAUCUAUAACGCAACGUAGAGACCUGGUACUCGCUGAUGAGGAUAGAGAAAGUACAACACCCGUUGAACAAACCAGUUGUGGUCUUGGCGGAAGCAAAUUCUCAUUUGAUCCAAGUCUUGAUGAUGGGGCCUCUCCCAAUGGCUCACGCCGAUCAUUGGCAGAUACAUCUGUUACCUCGACAGCUGACCUUUCUGUAUUUAGUUCGGCAACACGGUCUCAAGCGUUAGAUAAUAGUCUUGAUACUCAAAGUAACAUUUCUAAUGCCAGCUCUGGCAGUGGUGGUUUACCCACACCCAGGGCAACGCCUCAUCAACCAAGUCCAGAUAUUGUACGAAUUUAUGUACCAUAUACGUCGCCAAUGUCUGGCUCAUAUAAAGAUGAUCUUCCACGUACACUUCCGCGGUCUUUAGAAACAAAUAGAAUCCGCAUACGAGUUGAUCCUGAUCAGACACCGAUAGUGGAAAAUCUGAAACCUUUUUCAUUAGAGAGUCCAGAAGUUGAAUUAGACUUGAAAUGAUCAAUCUAUCGAUUCGAUAAUACUUUAUGAUACAGUAAACGAUGCAAUCAGCAAAUUGAAUGAAGAUUUAAAUAAACAAACAUUUUGUCAUUUGUUUUAUCUAUAUCUAUAUUAUAAGUAACAUAGAGAAAUGAUAGUGAAAACAAAUGGUGAUUACAAUAGAAACGUGAGAAAUAAUAAAUGUUAAAACGUUGUGCAUAUACAUACUCCUUUUUUUCUUUUUCUUUUUU